AUGUCCCUGUCAGACGGUGGAUCGGACGACGACAUCCCCUUAACGCUACCCGCAGAUGGCAGCCACAGUGGCAGCAUCCGAAAGGGUUGUGAUCCUUUUGCCCAGACACAGCGCAGUAAACUGCAGCAUCGACGAGCUCGCAUCAACCAGCAGAUCAACAAGGAGAUGCGCAUGAGAGCCGGAGCAGAGAACCUGUUCAGGGCGACAACCAACAACAAGGUAAAGGAGACGGUGGCUCUGGAGCUCAGCUUUGUCAACUCCAAUCUGCAGCUGCUGAAAGAAGAGCUGGAGGAACUUAACAGUAACAUGGAGGCCUACCAGACAGACAGUGAAGCUGUCAACGUUCCCAUGAUCCCACUCGGUUUAAAAGAAACCAAAGAAGUGGACUUCACUGUUUCGAUCCAGGACUUCAUCUGUGACCACUACGGAGAGGACAGCUCUCUUUAUGACAAGGAGAUCAAAGAGCUUAUGGAGCUCAGACAGGCCAUGCGCACACCCAGUCGUAACCAGGCCGGCCUGGAGCUACUGAUGGAGUACUACAACCAGCUUUACUACCUUGACCAGCGCUUCUUUCCUGCUCACAGGAAUCUCGGAGUUCAGUUCCACUGGUAUGACUCUCUGACAGGCGUUCCGUCAUGUCAACGUGCGUUGGCCUUUGAGAAGGGAAGUGUGUUAUUUAACAUUGGAGCUCUGUACACACAGAUUGGAGCACGGCAGGACCGCUCUGCAACAUGUGGCAUAGACCGAGCUAUAGAUGCCUUUCAACGAGCUGCAGGUGCAUUUAAUUACCUUAAAGAGAAUUUCUCCAAUGCUCCGAGUCUGGACAUGAGUUGCCCGUCACUCUGCAUGCUGGUUCGACUCAUGGUUGCCCAGGUGCAGGAGUGUGUGUUUGAACACGUCACCCUCACAACACAGGACACACACUUUACCUCCCAACUCUGCCUGGCACAAGAGGCUGCACGGGUGUCAGAUGUUUACUUGUUGGUGCAGCAGACCAUGACACAGCCUCUGAUGAAGGACUAUGUGCCAUUUUCAUGGGCAUCCAUGGUUCAGGUCAAAUCGGAACACUUCCGUGCUCUCUCACAUUACUAUGCUGCUGCUGCACUCUGUGACCAUGUGUUGUCUGCAGAGGGGGAAGACUGUGAUAAGGAAGCAGAGAAGGCCUACCUUCAGUUUUAUGUCAACGUUCCUGCAGGGCCACCGCUCUGCCAGGUUCUACAAGAUCCUGAAAAAAGACGAAAGCUAGGUAAAGCCCAUCUGCGGUGUGCAGUAAUCAGACAUGAAGAGGCCUUGCGUGUCCACAGUCUGUGUAAGAUCCUGAGAAAGAUGGACAUCCUGCAGGAUGUGCUAUCUCUUACCCACAAACGCUCCUUGGACAAAUACUCAGAGCUGGAUCGAGAGGAUGACUUUGAUGAAACUGCAGAGGCCCCAGAGAUACAAUCUCAUACCCACCGGAAGCCAGACAUCACGCCACCCAACUUCUCUACUGUCCAGGUUACUGAUAUCUUCCAAAGACUGGGGCCUCUGUCAGUGUUUUGUGCGAGAGCUCGCUGGGGCCCAGUGCGUUUGAUCUGCCUGCAGAGAAGAGAAGGUGGCCUGGGUCUCACACUCAGAGGAGACUCCCCUGUCUUGGUGGCUGGAGUGAUACCUGGAGGCUGUGCAGAGGAGGCAGGACUAAGGGAAGGAGACUACAUUGUGGCAGUAGACGGACAGGACUGUAAGUGGGCCAAGCAUGGUGAGGUGGUCCACAUGCUGAAGAGCUGCAGCGACAAAGGGGUAGAGAUCAGUGUGGUUACAUUACACUCACAUGAUAUGCAGGUGGAGAGGAGGGCCAUACUGCCAUCUCACAGUAUCAAUAAGGAAAAUACUCGGCAGCGUCUACUGAGUGGGGCUAAGGGCCAGAGCUCCGCCUCCUUGUUGAACUGGAACAGGAAGAAAAAACGAGAAGGCAGCGGAGUCACCAAGAGAAUAGGAAGCACUUUCAGUUUGUCGUUUGGAAGCAUCCGAGACACUGAGGCCAUGUACUGAGACAUGACUGCGGAGGAACCUCUCAGGGAAUCACAGCAGUGGAGCACACGGUGUAGUUAGGACUAACAUUUAGCACACCAAGAAACACAACCUCCUGUGUUAGUCGUGGAGGGUGAUGCAAAGCUCUGACAAAAAAAGUACAUGUUUGACACAGCCCAAUGUAUCUGACAACUGUGGACAGUCAAUAUGUGGAGACACACAUAAGGUAAGGUAAAAUACCUUGGGACAGAUGUUAACCUUCAGAGGAUUAAAAAAAACCCCCAAAAAACAGCUUCCUCAGAGGAGUAUAAACUGCUGUGCACUGCCUUGGAGUCUAAAAGGUGUGUUCAGACAGAAUGUGGGGCAACGUUUAUACAGUCUUGCCACAUCUAAAGUAAAGUAUACAACUGGGUGAGAAUAGAGGAAACUUUUUCCAGGGGGUACGAAGACAAGUUUACACAAGUUCAGUAUUUUUACACAGAAUAAAAGCACAAAAAGUAAAAAUGAGGGAGGCUGGAGGAAAAUUACAGAACGGAAGUUUUUUGAGUUCAGAUAAAGGCUGAGCUGAGUGGAAACACACUGCAACACAUAGUUGUUGUAUUUGAUUCUAUUUUUGUACUAUCUACUGUCUGUACAGUUCCAUUUCUGGUAAACACAC